CACAGGCCACUCUGUCCUGUUGCACAGGCCGGGCUAGAAAGCACAGAGUAGGUGGGGAGGAAGGUAUAAAAAGGUGCACCCUCCUCGUCGUCCAACCUCCCCACAAACCAUCCUGGUCCAUCUCUUCCUCCAUCCUUGCGUUCGCAGAACAAGAACCAAUUGACAAUGUCGCAGCAAGUGCCAAAAAUCGUCACCGUGUUUGGUGCAACGGGCAACCAGGGGGGCAGCGUGGUCAAGCUCAUCCUUGCGACCCCCGAGCUGCAGGCCAAGUACAAGGUGCGCGCGGUAACGAGGGACCGUUCCAAGGAGGCUGCCCAGAAGCUCGCCUCGUCAGGCGCCGAGCUCGUCGAGGCCAACCUCAACGACGUUUCGUCGCUCGAGAACGCCAUCAAGGGUUCCUAUGCCGUUUUUGGCGUGACCAACUACUGGGAGUCGAUGUCCAAGGACACCGAGGUGCAGCAGGGCCGCAACAUCGUCGAUGCAAGCAAGGCUGCCGGCGUGGCCCACCUCGUCUGGUCCAGCUUGCCCAAUGCGACCAAGGUCUCGGGGGGCCAGCUGAAGCACAUCGAGCACUUUGACGGCAAGUCCGAGGUCGAGGCGUACGCCGAGCAGGUCAAGGGCUCGGACAUGGCCGCCACGUACUUUAUGCCGGCCUACUUCAUGUCGAACCUCAAGAGCUACGUCCAGCCUGGUCCCGACGGUGUCGCGGCAUGGGCCGGCCCGAUGGACGCGGACAAGACAAACGUGCCGCUCAUCGACACUGCCGUCGACACGGGCAAAUUCGUCAUCGGCAUCCUCGAGGCUGGGCCCAAGGCCGCCGACGGAAAGCAUGUCCAUGGCGUCAGCGAGUGGGCCACGCCAGCGCAGCUCGUCAAGACGCUCUCCGACGUCACGGGCAAGCAGGUGCGCUUCAACAGCGUGCCACUCGACAUCUUCAAGGGCUUCCUCCCGCCUCAGGUGGCAGAGGAGCUGGCCGAAAACAUGGCCCUGAUUGGCGACUUUGACUACUACGGCAAGCAGGCCAAGGCAGAGCAGGCCGACAGCGAUCGCUUCUUCUAUUCCGAGACGGGGCCAAAGGUGUCGCUCGUCAAGUUCAUCGAGGGCAACGGUCCUUGGACCCUGUAAUUGUUGUCUUCUCGUCCUCUUUCAUGAUCUCUCGCCCCUGUCUUGGACCUCGCAUCUAGCAAUUUUAUUGGUGCCAUACUGUACAAAUCAGCGGUCUCAUUCCUU